AUGGAGUUUAAACAGUGGGUGGAGGAUCGAUACCGUCACCCUGUAGUGAUGGUGUUUGCGAGUCCAACCGUAGAGGCCGCCUCUCGCCGUAAUGGAUUAGACUUUAUUCAACUCCUACGGCCUUUCUCUGUUUACCCAAAAGAUCUCUACGCCCAUACAGGCGAUCGGGCAGAUGUUAUCACGGUACGCAACUUUGGUGUACGCCUCACACGGGCACAGUGUGUGCGGGAAGUUGGAAACGCACAACUUGUACGACACUUUCGACGAUUACUGCGGGAUAAUGCGGCGAUGGAAUUGGCAUAUGGAGAACAAUUGGAUCGUAGUAUGUCGUAUCUACUUAAGGACAGUACCUGUACAAAUAGUCAUCAUCAUCAUCAUAAUUCUAACGAUAAGCAUAGAAGUGGUAAUAAUAGUAGUAUUUGUAGUAGUAUUAGUAUUUGUAGUAAUUGUAGUGGUGGCGGUGUAGUGGAGGGACCACGUUUGCCUGCGCAGGCGGCAUCACAAUUGUUAGAACGCGCCCAUCCCUCUUGGCAUUCACAGUUUAUACGUGAUUAUGUACAUCUUGUGCGUUGUAGUUACUUUGAUACGAUUGAUCAUCCUGUUGGUUGUUUGUUUGCCGCCUCUACAUCUGAACCGGGUGGUGUUGAGGGAGUUAUGCGUGAGUUCCGUGAUCAACAACGAUUGCCUGUUGAAACCAGACGAGAUAUGCCUUGUAUGGAUGAUGAUCUACACAGUCAUUUUAUUCUUUUACAUGAUAUUACAGCAGGACCAUCAUUAGAGGAGAGAGAUCGUAUCUUUAAGGCUGUACAAUCACGGUAUGGAAAUACCAAUUGUUCACUUCUCUGUAUUAAUGCGGUGGUAAAUCCACAUGAGAUGAAGAAUAUGGAUCCAACGGUGUGGAUUGAGGCGAAUCCAUCCUCAUUGGAUGUUCCUUCAUGGUUAGCCAUGCGAACCGAACAACAACAACAACAACAACAACAAGGAGGAGGAAUAGUAAAUAAUGAUAAUAAUGAAAUUCUUCUGGCCAGUACGGUGCGUAGUGGUAGUAGUAGUAGUAACUCCACCACACCCUCCACCGCUGCGCUGCAGUUUCCACAAGUUCGUACAAUAUUUGGAACGUGGCCGAAUGGAGUUGCAAAGGUCACUGGAUGUCAUAUGAGUCCAGAGAAUAUGGAAGGGGUUCGGGAAGUCAUGUCUCAAUAUCUCUCUCAAUCUAUCUUUAAUUUUAUUGAACGUAAACUGCGAUAUCUCACAGUAACAGUAAAUGAAAGACGCAGUACAACUUUUAGUAAAGUAGCCGCCUGGUUUCGUAGUAAAGAAGAUGCUAAACCAAAGAGUGAAUGUUGGGUCGUUGGACGGGAUGGUGGUCCUACAAAAUAUCUCUCUGGAUCAUUAGAAAUGCAAAUGCGACGGGCUGGAGAUCUUUCAUUGGUACUUGCCGAUUACGAUUCCGCCAUUAGUUUCUAUCGAAUGUGUCGUAAUGAGGCUCUCGCUACUUUAAGUUCACGGGAAUUUAAUAAACCCAUUAUUGCCGCUUGUCAAGAAGCCCUUGGGGUGUGUGAUUUACUCUUGAGUCGUUUACCAUUACCCAGUCUCACACCGUGGAUCACAGGCGGAACAGCUUCUAAGAAUAGUGGAGAUUGUAGAUUAGAAAUUGCACAAAAUGAUUAUGUGGCUUGUAAAGUGCAAACUCAUGCCCUUCGUUUAUCUUUACUAUUAUAUGAAUAUUGUCGUACACGAACUCCACCAGCACUUGAUAGAGCCUCUGCAUCUCUUUUACAUGUUCAACGUCUUGGUUUAACGGCGAAUAAUAAACUUUAUUCUGGUGUUGUUCAUGAACUUCUUGCUUCUGCUGCACUCUUUCUUAAUCCACCUCAACCAGCUGGUUUAACCGUACCUGCUACAUUAUCUAAUAAUUAUCCCGUACGUUCUCAUAUUAGAGAAUUUGCACGACAUAUUAUGAUUGCAGGUGGGGCAUACUUGGAUGAAACUCUUUUUGAAAACUCCCUUGGUUGUCAUUUACGUGCUUUACGUGUAUUUAGUGGAGUUGGUCGUAAUGGAAGUUGGCAACUUAUUUAUGAACAUUUACAUACAACCCUUUCACAUUUAUAUCAUAAACUUGGAAAUCAUAUUCGUGGAAUGGCAAUGGCAGCUAUUGCUGUAUCUAUGGGAACUCCCAUGUAUAGUAAUCCACGUACAGGUUUAAAUAAUUUUGAAUCCUUUUGGGAUCGUCAACGUCAAGGUAUGCGUGAUUUAGGUUAUGCGCUUUCUCCACAUGUAGUUGUCCCAUGUGUGGUAUCUGGUUCUAUUCGUGUUAGUAUGAAUGGAUUUCACUGUGAUGAAAAAACACAGAUAGAAACAGAAAAUAUGAGUGAUGAACUUGUUGAAGUGGAAUGGCGUAAAAUGGAAGAAAAAUUACGUACACAUUAUGCAGGACAAACCAUAUCUUCUCCACGUCAUGGUAUAUGUUGGAGAGAAGAUCCAGCAAAGAUGAUACUUUCAUCUCAAUAUCAAGAAGAAGGUAGCAUACGACGGUAUGCUAUGCAUUUAGCAGAACCUUUGGAAAUAACAGUUUUAUUACGAAAUCCUAUUGGUGGUACUAUUAAAGCAGAAAAUCUUUGUUUAUUGUAUGUGGCUAAAAAGAAACCAGAACAAUUAUGGAAAAGUGCCUCAUCACAGACAGUAGAACUCGCCGCAGGUGCAAGCCAAACCGUUACGAUUGCCUUCUCACCAGGUGAAGAAGGGACAUAUCUUAUUAUUGGAUUUUCUUGGACUCUUAUGGGGUUAGAAGGAUACUAUUAUUUCGCCACAGAAGACUAUAAAUCAAGUGAGGUAGUUGAUCGUAAUAGUAGUAGUAGUAGUAGUGGUGGUGGUAAUAAUAAUAAUAAUAAUAAUAAUAAUAAUAAUAAUAAUAUUUCUCCCUUUGAGUAUGCUAUUAAUCAUCCAACGCCUAAUGUGAAUUCUACGGCUAAUUUAGAGGUUGAGGUGGGUCCACCACGGGCAUGGAUUACGGCAGAAUUUGAACCAGAAUUACCUUCCAUUAUGCGAGAUGGGGAAUAUUACCGAACCUCUCUUGUGUUAACAAAUGGAAGUUCACACCGUACGGCGCAGGGAAUAACACUACAGCGUAGUCCACAGAAUGCGCAUAUUCUCUGGUUUGAUACAUUUGGAUUCCAAUCGAAUAUGAAUGCUGACACGACAUUUGUAUUGAAUCAAACACUUGAACCAAAGAAGAGUCUAAAGCUAUCACUUACUCUACAAGCACAUCACAGUUAUGAUACCUCUUCUAGAUGUAAAAAUAAUAUAUUUUUCUUAUUUGGUUACAUUUCAGAAACUCCACAAGAUAAGAGAAUACCCAUUGCAGAGUCUCCUCUUGCACCAUCACCUUAUGUACGUUUACAUCGUUUCUUACGUCGUGUGGUGGUGAAACCAACACUUCUUCUUUCCGCUAUGGUAUUACCUCCUGCUAAUGCCAGUAUGGCAACAGCAGCGGUGAUUACGGCGAGUAAUGUUGCCGAUACCAGAGAUGCCCCGGUGCGGGUUUCACGUAUUUUGGCUAUUCAUCGUCCAUUAUGGCGUGUGACUCCUACAUAUAUUGGGAAUCUUUUGGAGGAGAAUGCACUGGAUUGUAUUUUAUCUCCUGGUGGGGCCUUGUCUCUCCCUCUCAGUGUUGUCGCUGUUCCAUCCAUAUCAAUAAACCAACAAAAACAAGAAGAAACGAAGGAUGGGGUAUUGGGUCCGAAUGGAUUAAUGGAAGAGGUUUGUAUUUCACUUCUCUCUGCCAUUCCAUUAUCAUCAUCGUCUUCGAAGUUUGAGGAAGUCGCGGCGAAUAUUGGUGAUGGUGUGACCAACUCAGAGAUGAAUACAUACUUUAUGCGGUGUAGUUUCCGUGGACCAGGAACAAUUGGAGAAUUACCAGCGUCUGAGGGUCUCGCCUUUUAUCUUGACAAGGCUAGUGGGGCGGGUAUUAAAACUAGUAGUACGACGGCUGUGGGUGAUGAACAUAAGAUUAGACAAGAAAGACAACAACAUCAACAACGAGAAGAAGGUGGACAGCAAAAACGUUCCUCAUUAAUGAGUAUUGUGGAUCCAUUAACACCUAUUUGUGUGGCAGUAGCGUGGAUGGUGGUGGAAAAUAACUGCACAUAUAGUGGACAACUUUUUCAUUUUAUUGAUCCAUUAGAGUUCCUACGCCCUGACGGAACUCCAGUGGCUGAGGCACAAGUACGAACACAAGAACAUUUAUGUGAUGCAUUAAUUGAAAAUAACUCUCUUCAUCCCCGUUAUGGGGCGGUAUUCUAUCAUAUUGAAGUGCCUCAUACAGUGGAAUCCACACCAGAACUUCCUGAUGCAGUGCUUAUUCCUGUUACGAUGCAUUGUCGAUCACUUGCAGCACAUCCUCUUCUUGUAACGGUAAAAGCAAAUGCACUUGGUGAAGAAAUUCAGGAAUCAUCAUGUGUCCCCAUCACAUUUGUAGGAAAGACAGGAUGUACAUUUCUACUGUUACCGUAUGAGACUUAUAUAAUUCAUUUCACCGCCUAUGCAUAUGGGCCUGGACUAGUGGAAUGUAAUGCGUUUCAGUUAACGGCCGUGGCAUUACAACGGCUGUCGGUGCGGGAUGGUACUCCGUGGCGCACGGGUAUGUCUCGUGGGUCAUUAUUAUCUGCAUUAGAAGAAAAAGGAAAAGGAAUGGGAUUUGCUUCUUCCUUACAGCAAAUGGCAGCCAUAACAACAACAAGUCAUUCCAAUACUACGCAUUCUAUUGUUAAUAAUAGUAUUAGUAGUAUUAUUCUCGGAGGAGGAGGAAGAAGAUGUAGUAAUAGUAGUUUUGGAGGUCAACUCGCAGAGGAUGUGGGAGUUUCCGUGAAUGAUGAUUUUCAUGUUUUAAUAUUAGGACAUGAAACAACAGCCACUACCCGUGCUGUUUUUACACACAGUUCACAAGAUCAUCUUCGCACUGCAGCUACGCGGGGGCAACAACAAUAUAAAGAAGAUGUGAAAUUGUAUGAAAAAGAGUAUAAACUCUUUGAGGAGCGUAGAAGUCUUCUCUGUAAUGCGGGAAAGAGUACUGCCCAUGGUGUAGAUCCUUCUUUAUUGGUUUACCGACCGCUAUCUCAGCAACUCACACGAGAUCCAUCAGAGAAAUCACACGAUUGUAGUCUUCUCUCUUCAGGUAAACAAACCAGAGAAUCAUCUCCGUUAUUGCGUAAAGGUGUAAAGUCAGUAACAGGGAAAAGAAGAACAAGUUCUUCUACGAAUUUUACUACCACUAAUACGACUACGAACACUAAUACUAAUAGUAAUACUAAUACUACUACUGCUGCUGAAGUAACUGCAUAUGGUUUUGAGGGGCGAGCUAUUAGGAUUGAUGAUGCGGCAGAAGCAGAGGAAGAUAUGGCUUUUUCCCCCUCACCCUCACGAACCGCAGAUUAA